UUUUUAAACCUUUUUAUUAUUUUUUAUUUUUUCUCUUUACUUUGUUUUUUUAGCUAUUUUCAGCGACUACUAAACAAAAUAAAAAUUAGCCCAGGACAGGAGGAUCUCUCAGCUACUUUUUCUCUCAAAAUUUCUCCAAUUAGCUCUGGUUUAGGCGAUGGCUUCAAAGCGGAUCUUGAAGGAGCUCAAGGAUCUACAGAAAGAUCCUCCUACCUCUUGCAGUGCAGGCCCUGUUGCUGAAGACAUGUUUCAUUGGCAAGCGACUAUUAUGGGUCCACCUGACAGUCCAUAUGCCGGUGGAGUGUUUCUAGUCACCAUUCAUUUCCCUCCGGACUAUCCAUUUAAGCCACCCAAGGUUGCAUUCAGGACAAAGGUCUUUCACCCUAAUAUUAACAGCAAUGGCAGCAUUUGCCUCGAUAUUUUGAAGGAGCAGUGGAGCCCUGCCCUCACCAUAUCCAAGGUAUUGCUCUCAAUCUGCUCACUUUUGACGGACCCAAAUCCCGAUGAUCCCUUGGUGCCAGAGAUUGCCCACAUGUACAAGACCGACAGGGCUAAGUACGAGACAACUGCUCGGAGCUGGACCCAGAAGUAUGCUAUGGGUUAGUGUGCUAAUAUGCAUAUAAUAGGAGGGCUUUAUUCUAUGUGGCUUUGAUCUUCAAUUUAAUAUGUAUGAAUCAAUGAAACAGUAUGUGUGAUCUGUCUCUGCAACUAUGUACUGGACCAAUCCCUCCUUAAAACACAUUUGUUGCCUUAAUUGUUUGUAUGGAAAUUAUGUUUCAAA